GAACUUUCACUAGCAUCUCCAAUCUCAAAGCUAAAUUCUGGGCCUUCAUGGAAAACAACCAAGUAUCAUAUAUUAAGUUAAGAACCAAUAGAGACCCAAGACGACUACUUAAGGAACCGCACUACAUGACUGAUCCAAGCAAAAUGCUCACAAAAUACCAAUGCCAUAAUACAGGAACACAUAUUACCGUACCUACCGAACAGCUGCAAGCACGCCCUGAAGCUAACACCACCCCCACCAUCAUGAUCAACAAUAACCUACCUGGCAAAGAUACCAUCCAAUUAAAUGUGAAUAUGGUAGAAGAUAUUAAGCAGUUGAUA